AGUUCAGUUUUGAAAAGAACGCGGCAGAAAUGAUGACGCAUUUUGAAAACAUUUUGUGAUUAAUUUUGUACUUUUUGCUGUUGGAUAUUGUACAAAAGCGGGUUGAUAAGUCGUAGUUUGUACAAGGAACGCCUCGAGGUACCAUGGAAGCGGUUGAAACAAGCAGUUUGUACUUGAACGAAGAUGUUGAAGCGUGGCAGAAUGCUCUUGCUGCCUACGGCGAUGUUCUCCAGUUGAAAGCCAACAAUAACGGCAAAGCUAAGAGGGAUCGAGACCUCGUCGCUUUGGAUAAAUGGUAUCAGGAUGAACUACCUCAGAAUCUUAAGAGUAGGGACAAGAUGUACCUCAAUUUAGAUGAAUUAUGUCAGCUGAUGAAAUGGAAAUUGACUCGUGGGAAGUUCAGACCAAGGUUAUCAGAUCUUGUCAAAGCAAAUGAUGGUGAGACGGUUGAAAAAAUAAGUCUUAAGGCAUUUGAAUGCCUCCCAGACGUCUCUUCCGCAGUUCGGGAACUUUCGAAAUUGAAAGCUGUCGGCCCAGCGACUGCAUCAGCAAUUCUUUCAGCUGGCGCACCAAAUCUAGUACCAUUCAUGGCAGACGAAGCAAUGAUGGCCAUACCCAAUCUGGGUGAGAUUAACUACAAUUUACCUUUUUACAUGAAAUUUGUUGAACGAAUUGACGAGGUUUUGCAACGGUUAAAAAAGAAAGACCCUAAUGGGAAUUGGACAGCACACAAGAUUGAACUGGCACUUUGGACCGAGGUCAUGGCAAAAAAAUAUGAUUUCCAUCUUUCACAAGGAGCUCACACAAACGGUUGUAAUAAUGGUGUUGACAGCAGGAAGAGGAAGUCCGCGGAGGCACCCAAGGGAAAGAAAAGAGCAAAGAAAAAAUGAAUAUCUGAAUCAAUGUGGA